AUGAUUCCUUUAAUCAAACAUGAAAUAAGAGGUGUUGAAGGUAUUGACACACCACCACAAAUUAUUGAUAAUAUUUGCAAAACAAAAUUUGUGAUUAACACUGUCACUGAACAAAUGAAGGAGUCAUCUCUCAUCAGCGCCGGUGGUGUUCAAUAUUCUUUGUUUAAAGCAAAACACACUGAUGUCAACAAACAUAUUCAAUACUUUGGGUGUUAUUCAACAAAGUUGUAUACAUACGCCAAAGGUGGAAUGAGGCCUGCCCAAAUUUGUUCACAAAUGGGACUUUCAGUUAACACUAAACGUAUCAGAAAAAUUACUCGAGAUGUUUACGAUAUUAGAAACACCGAAGAAGCCAAAAAAUUGACCAUUUAUUGUGAUGAUGAUUUGAAUGAUUUUUCCACUCGUAUAAUUAAAAAUUCAAGUGGACAAUUUGAAGCAUGCUUUAUACUUAACACAAAACAUGUUAAUCAUACACCAGAAAUAAUAUAUAUCGAUGACACUGCUACAACCAAUCAUUUUAAUUUUCCACUUGUUGUUGGAAAUUUCUCGGAUCAAUGGAACAACACCCAUAUUUUAUUUUUCGCUAUAAUGAGAAAUAGAAUUACAUCUUCAUUUGUUGACCUUUUUAAUUUUUUGAAAAACAAAAAAAUUGUUUUUAAAAUUGUUUUUUGUGAUCGUUGUAUUUCACAAAUGAAAGCAAUCAAGAUUGUUUUCCCAUUCUCUAAAUUGUUUCACUGUGUUCGACAUAUACACAGAGAUCUCCAAAUAUCAUUCGGAAAGACGUCUCCAAUUGUUUCUGAUUUUGAUGAAAUGAUUCAUGGAAAAAUAACCGAAGUCGACUUUAUAAAUAGAUUAAUUUAUAUGAGUGGAUACAAUUUAACCGAUGCUCAGAAGGAAGAAGCACAACAAAUGUUUGAAGAGUCAAAAGAACUUGGAGGUGACCUUACAAAUGAUGAAGCGGUGUUUUAUUUGGAAACUUUGGAAGAAAUCAAAGAACUGAGAAAGACUGAAAAAAUAGUUAAAAUAACAAAAAGUGAUAAAAUCCAAGUUAUUACAAAUUUAAUCGAGCAAAGAGAUUCUUGGCUUCCUUCAGUUGUUUUGAUGAACACACAGACACAAACUACAAACAGAAUAGAAGGGUAUUUUGGAAAUUUCAAACAAAAAAUGGGAAAUAAGAUUGCUUCACUCGUUGAAAUAGCCACGACAAUUGUCACUGAUAGCAGAAGGUUCGACUUGAAUGGAAGACAAGAUUUGAUACUUGAUACACAAACUGCAGAAUUGUUAAUUCCGCCAAACAUACUUCCUUUAUUCCCCGCUAUAGUAGUGAAUAAAAUGUGUAAAUUAUAUAGAAACAUCAACACAAUAGUAGCUCCACCAUUGAAUGGAGAUUGCUCCGAAUCAAGAUGUUGUUGUACCAUUUUUAAUAUUGACCGCAUUCCGUGCAUUCACAUGAUUAAAUACUGUUCAGAAAGAUCAAUAUAUCCUAUUCCAACUACUGCCUUUGCGAGAGAUAUUCUUAUUGAUAGUUCUUAUAAAAACACUACUCAUGAAAAGGUUAUCAAAAAAGACGACAAAGAACAACAACCAACGAGUCACAAUGAUAUUCAUAAUAACUUGGAUGAAGUUGUUCCAUUGAUUAAAAGAAAUGAAUUUGUGAGAAACAGGUUUUAUUCUUUUAUUGGACAUUGCCAAGAACAACCAACGACGAAAGAAAUAAGUCAACAAUCGACAAAUGAAACACACGAUACGACUUUGGAAACCAUAACAACAACUGUUGCGUCUAGAGUUUCAAGUGUUUCAAGACAAAGUUCUUUUAGUACUAAUUUAAAAGACCCACGCAGACAGCAAUAUACAGGAAUUUGUCCAAGGAAAAUGGUAGAUUAUAAAGAAUCGAAAGUAGCUCACGUGAGAACAUGUAGUGUUUGUAAAAUGGUGGGUCACAAUAAACAAAAUUGUCCUUCAAAAAAAAAUAUAGAAGAUUGA